AUGGAGUGUCAAGCUAAGUCAGCGACUCCUGCCAGGAAACUCAUACAAGCUCGGCUGCCUUUCAAGCGUUUGAAUCCCGUGCCAAAGGAAAAACCUGAUGCAAACUCGGAAGUAAAAAAAUCAAGGAACUCUCUCAGUGUUCUUGAUCAGAACAAUGUUCAGGGUGCCGGUUUGUCGCAUCCAUCACCGGACGAUGCGGAGAACAGUUGCCAAGCAGAAACUGAAACGCCGUUUAUUCCAAAACUUAUUAAUGGGAAGGGCCCCCUAGACAGCUUUGUGCAGAAAAACCAUAAAAGUCCACCUUUACCCGCGAUAGACUUGACGGAGGAUUCUAGCGAUGGACUGAGCGAUGAGGGAGAUCGCGGCACGUCAGAAGCGGAAGAUGUAUUGACUGAGAAAGCUAACGAGAUCGCAAGUAAGCCUAGUUCACAAAGACCUGUCUGCAAUAGCCAAGUGGAUGUCCUGGCAGAAACGGAUCCCCUUGGCCCAGCUGCGGCACAUAAAGGUGAAUUGCCGGAUGUGUUGCUUGCCGAGACGGAUGUCAGCAGGGCCAAGGAGGGUGAACUCAAGGAUGUCCUGUUCCAGGGGAAAAUGCCUGUGGUUCUCUUGGAGGAUAUCAUGGCAGUCAGAUCUCUCCAAGCUGCACCUUUGGAAGGGAGCCUGCCCUCUGGAAACGAAACGAGCGGGUCUUGUCAUGUGGAGGACUCUGCGUGCACAGACUCCUCCUUCAGCUCUCUCUCUUCUACCACCUCACCUGAGACUCUGCCUGCCCAGGAGCAGAUGGGAGACGCCAGUCCGUUAGCCUCUUCAACUCCUGUCCGGAAGGUGAAUCAGAAAAGCCAGCGAAGCGCUACAGAAAAGGAGAAGCUGAGGCUGCAGAAAGAUCAAGAACGUGUGGAUAAACUUCAGAAGCUGCAGGCUGAACGAGAAGAGAAGGAGAGGCUGAAGGAGGAGGCGAGAGCCGCCAAAGAACGCUCCCGGGAGGAGGCAAAAAGGAAAAAGGAGGAGGAAAAGGAACUGAAGGAGAAGGAGAGGAGAGAGAAAAAGGAGAAAGAUGAGAGAGAGAAGGCUGAAAAGCUACGAGCAAAGGAAGAAAAACGGAAGGAGAGGCAGGAAGCGCUGGAGGCGAAACUUGAAGAAAAAAGGAAGAAAGAUGAGGAGAAGCGGUUGAAAGAGGAGGAGAAACGGUUGAAAGAGGAGGAGAAGCGCAUCAAAGCAGAGAAAGCAGAAAUCACUCGGUUCUUCCAAAAACCAAAGACCCCGCCCGCUCCGAAGACUCUUGCUGGCUGGUGUGGGAAGUUCGCUCCUUUUGAGAUCAAGGAGAACAUGGUCCUUGCCCCGCUCUGCCGUGUGGCCUUCGACCAGGACCUCAUGGAUCGGUUAGACUGUCUCCUGGAAGCCCAGAGCUGCGACGCUUCCCUCUUGAAGGAACUGAAGGGCCGAGAGCCAGGCAAAUCUGGACCUACACUUCUCCGUAGCAGCAGCGUCGACGUCAACAGCGAUGUGGUCAUAGUGGGUAGCAGCCAAGCAGGAGAUGUCCCAGAGAGGAAGAAGUUUGGCCAGAUGAAACUUCUGCAGUUCUGUGAGAAUCACCGGCCUUCCUACUGGGGCACGUGGAACAAGAAAUCCUCUUUCAUAAAGCCAAGGAACCCGUGGUCGAAAGACACAACCCUCCUGGACUAUGAAGUGGAGAGUGACGAGGAGUGGGAGGAAGAGGAGCCAGGCGAGUCUCUCUCUCACAGUGAAGGGGACGAUGAUGAGGAUGGAGGGGAGGAGGAAGAUGAAGAUGACGGCUUCUUUGUGCCCCACGGCUACCUUUCAGAGGAUGAAGGCGUGACUGAAGAAUGCGACCCCGAGAACCAGAAGGUCCGCCAAAAGCUGAAGGCCAAGGAGUGGGACGAGCUGAUCACCAAGGGGAAGCGGUUACGGGUCCUGCAGCCCGUGAAGAUCGGCUGCGUCUGGGAAGGGCAGGAGAGCAGCGGCAGCUCGAGCUCGGAUCUGAAGCUCCUCCAGCAAUUCCAGGCUUUCAUCCUGGAUGUGAGCCUCGGCGACGAGGAGCAGACGGAGAAGAGCGACAAGAAGAAGACAAAAGACCAGCAAAUCUUGGGGCAACUCCUCCCAUUGCUCCACGGGAACGUUAAUGGAAGCAAAGCGAUCAUCCAGGAGUUCCAGGAUUGCUGCCGCUUGGGGCUGCUAACGGGCAACAACGGCGCUGCUGCGGCCCCUGGCAGCGGAGACACGAGCCCAAUGAGCCCCAACGCCCCACGGGCCCAGACUCCCAUCAACGAGGGGAACGGCGUCCCCUCCAAAACCCGGCUGAAGCGGAUCAUCUCUGAGAACUCCGUGUACGAGAAGAGGCCCGAGCACCGGAUGUGCUGGUACGUCCACCCCGAGGUCCUGAAGAGCUUCGGCCAGGAGGACCUCCCCGUCCCUUGCCAGUGGAACUACGUCAACCAGGCCCCUUCGGCGGCCAAGGAGGAAGGGGGCAACUCGCCAGGGGCAGUGGCGACGCAGGCCGCCCCGCCCUCUGCGAAACGGAAGUCGACGGGGAGCAUGUCCAUCACCAAGUUCAUGAAGAGACCUCGGGGUAUCCGUCAGGCUGAAACCAUGGAAACGGACGGAUUUCAGGCCGACACCGAGGAAGAGGAUGAGGACGAAUGCAUCCUGGUGGACGUACAGCAGAGCACAGAGCCUGCACCGAGGGACCCCGUCAUCACGGCGGUGACGGAAGGGGAAGCAGUGGAGGACCUGAUCCUGGAGCCAGAGGCCGCCGACUUGACUCACCCUAUUUGA